AUGGGAAUUUGUCUACGGAAAACACCCCAUACACCUGUACAGGAAGUCGCAGGUAAAGGCAAGUAUCGCUCAGACACGCCCGCCACAACCUGAAUCUCAACGGAAAGAUUUUGUAGACGACAGGAUCGCUUGGAAGACGAAAGGCCUGUAGGUUCACUGUACUUGGAAAUUUGCGCAAAAUUGCUGAAACAAAAAUCAGACCUUCCCAGCAAGAUCAAUUGAACUGGUGUCAACAGCUUUUCCUCUCAAAACCAUGGACCACAUUGACAGCGGAAUGCGUUACACUCCAAAGGAUAAGGAUUGGGAGAACUCUGUCCAGUUCCUGCCGGCGUCAGACUCAAAGAAGCUAGAGAAGAAGAAGGGUCCAGGGAAGGUGGGGGCAGUGAUCGGGGUGGUGAUCUUACUCGCUGUUAUUGCCCUCAUGACCGGUCUACUUGUCUGGCAUUUCCACUUCCGUAAGGAUGUGAGGAUCAAAAAGAUGUACAGUGGCUCCAUGAGGAUCACUAACCAGGUGUUUAUCGAUGCCUACGAGAACUCCAACAGCAGCGAGUUCAAAGCCCUGGCCAAACAGGUCACCACACAGCUUAAAGCCAUCUAUUCCAAGACUCCACAACUGGCAAAGAAUUACGUCGGUUCUACCAUCCAAGCCUUCAGUGAAGGCAGCGUCAUAGCCUACUACCUGUCUGAGUUCAGCGUGCCAGCUGGCCAGGAGGUGGCUGUAGAUAACACCAUGGCUUCGCUGGACAAGAUCGUGGACAAGGUGCGCUCUGUCGGAUCCAAGCCUGGAAGUGAUCUGGUGUUUGAUGAUGUUGUGUCUUCAGCACUAGACAAGCGCAUGUUCGCAAAAUCAUUCAGCAGUUAUUACAGAUACGAGGAGCACACCAAAGCCAAUCAUAUCGGAAAGAUUGACUCCCCCGGCUUCCCCAACGCCCCGUACCCCCCCAACACCUUCAUCCAGUGGCAACUGAGGGCAGACCCCGGCCACGUCAUCAAGCUGGACUUUGACGCCUUCAACCUGGAGGAGGGGGAGGCUGACAACACAUGCAAAAAUGACUUUGUCAAAGUCUACGACUCCCUGGUGGCCAUCGAAAGCAGGGUCAUGGAAGAGAUUUGUGGGUACCAUUCCCCCAGCGACCCCUUGACCUUCCUCUCCUCUCGCAAUGUCAUGUUGGUGACUCUGCUGACUAAUGACAAGAAGAACUACCCAGGUCUGAGGGCCCAUGUCUCCCAGGUUGUUCGUGGCAGCAGAGAACUAGCAUGUGGCGGCCAGUUGAGUGGAGAGAAAGGUACAUUCACUACUCCAAACUAUCCCAACUACUACCCACCCAACACCUACUGUGAAUGGACUAUCCAGGUCCCUGCAGGUAAAAUGGUGAAGGUGCGCUUCAUCAAGUUUCUCCUGUCUGAGCCAGGGCAGAAUGAGAACGACUGUAGGAAGGACUACGUGGAGAUCAACAAGCAGAGGAUGUGUGGAGAGAAGACGACUGUGCAGGUGGUCACAAGUGACACCAACUCGAUGACGGUGCUGUUCUUCUCCGACGCCUCCUACGUCGACCGUGGUUUCAGCGCCGAGUACGAAGCCUUCGUCUCCACAGACCCCUGCCCCAAGGCCUUCCAGUGCAGAAACAAACGCUGCAUCAGUCAGGAUCUCAAGUGCGACGGCUGGAACGACUGCGGAGACCUGAGCGACGAGAUGGAUUGCCGGUGCAAGGAGAAUCAGAUCCAGUGCAAGAACGGCCUCUGCAAACCCAAGUUCUGGGAGUGCGACGGAGUCGACGACUGCGGCGACAACACGGACGAACUGAACUGUGGGUGUAAGUCCGGGGAGACCACCUGUCAGAACGGAAACUGUGUGUCGGAGAAGAAGCGCUGCGACGGCAGAGACGACUGCGGAGACGGCACAGACGAGCUGGACUGCGGCAGAAAAAACGACGUGAGGUGCACCGACGUCACAUACAAGUGUCAAAACAACAUGUGCGUCAGCAAGCUGAACCCGGAGUGUGAUGACGUCGUCGACUGUGAAGAUGGAUCAGACGAGGCCUCCUGUGAUUGUGGGAAGAGCUUGUUCAAGACAUCCCGCAUUGUAGGCGGGGAGAAUGCGGAGGAGGGGGAGUUUCCCUGGCAGGUCAGCCUCCACAUCAAGAACGCGGGUCACGUGUGCGGGGCGUCCAUCAUCAGCAACCGCUGGCUAGUCACCGCUGCGCACUGUGUGCAGGACGAAAACAAGAACAAAUUCUCUCAGCCGGGAAUGUGGGAGGCCUAUCUGGGCGUUCACAUCCAGAAACAGUACGGGAACAAGGUAGAAAAGAGGAACCUGAAACAGAUUAUCUCCCACCCCUACUACAACAGCUACACGUUUGACAAUGACAUCGCCCUUAUGGAGCUGGACAGCCCUGUGUCCUACAGCGACUACAUCAGGCCCAUCUGCCUACCGGCCCCACAGCAUUUCUUCGCCGCCGGCAACUCUGUGUGGAUCACUGGCUGGGGCGCCACGCGCGAGGGCGGAAGCGGUGCUUCCGUGCUCCAGAAGGCAAAGGUGCGAAUCAUCAACAGCACUGUGUGUAACGCCCUGAUGAGCGGGCAGAUCACCUCCCGGAUGAUGUGCGCUGGCAAGCUGGAUGGCGGCGUCGACGCGUGUCAGGGGGAUUCCGGUGGCCCUCUCUCCAGCCCUGAUGGUAGCCACAUGUUCCUGGCCGGAGUGGUCAGCUGGGGGGACGGCUGUGCCCGCAAGGACAAGCCUGGCAUCUACUCAACGGUCACCAAGUUCCGCGGCUGGAUCAAGGAAAAGACCGGCGUGUGAAGAAGAGAGGGACAUGACCUCUGAUCACAGUACUGUACAGAUCUUUCUUUCAAGAGCCAUCUGAACUUUAGUUGAUGAACAGUUCUAACUUAACGAGUGUGGACUUUCCUCAGAAAAGCACAACUUUUAAGAAGCGUUUGUCAAAUAUGUCUUUGUUAGGGGGUGGGGGAGUUGUGGUUUUGGUGUUUUUUUUAAAUGUAAAUAUCUUUUUUUAAAUUUAUUUUAGAGAAAUUGUUACAUGAGAACGCAGGGGGUUGAAAGUCAAAGUUUUCCUAUUUGUUUUACCAGUGAAGUCUACCAUUUUGAAAUUGUGGCCUAAAUGUGAAAUCAGAUUCCCUCUUAAACUUGUUGUUCUUUUCCUCCCCGAGUUGGGAGUUUUCUAAAGGACAGCAAAAAGAUUGAGCUCACGCUCUAUACUGCCUCCUAUGGUUUGGUAUUUAAGUCACAUAUAACUUAAUGUUUAAAUGUUGGUCAUGAAAUUCCAAAGCACUGUUCAAAUUGCUGGACUUGGAAAUGUACUUUAAGAUUGGUCGAUUCCCUAUGGAUCUAUGUAUUUGUAUUUUUCAGGGAUUGAAUUUUAGUGAAGCCAGAAACGAUUGUAAAUGAAAUCAGAUACCAGAAACAAUUAAAUUAGAAAUCAGAUUUGUCAUUGUGAAUCUAACAGAAUUUUGUAUUUUACGUAUACACAAUUUUACAUAUACAUUUGUAUGAUAUUUUAAUGUUGCAAACCUUUCAGCACUAAGAUAACAGUUGGGAGAUUGUAUAAUAGUGUAAUGAAAUACUUGUAAUUAUGUAUUUAAGAUUUCUUGAAAUAAAAUAUCACCAACUAUU